CGGAGGAGCGCAGAAGGCCGCCGGCGGAGCGAGGUCCUGCCCAGCUGUUGGCGAGGAGUUUCCUGUUUCCCCCGCAGCGCGGAGUUGAAGUUGAGUGAGUCACUCGCGCGCACGGAGCGACGACACCCCCGCGCGUGCACCCGCUCGGGACGGGAGCCGGCCUCCUGCGCUGCUUUCCUCGGCCGCCGGGGGCCUCCCCGCGCCUCGCCGGCCUCCAGCCCCUCCUGGCUGGCGAGCGGGCGCCACAUCUGGCCCGCACCUCUGCGCGGCCGGCCCGGCGCGGGGUCCACGGAGGGCGCGGCGCGGGGGCGCAGCCAGGGGUCCGGGAAGGCGCCGUCCUCCGCGCUCGGGGCUCGGUCUAUGACGAGCAGCGGGGUCUGCCAUGGGUCGGGGGCUGCUCAGGGGCCUGUGGCCGCUGCACAUCGUCCUGUGGACGCGCAUCGCCAGCACGAUCCCACCGCAAGUUCCGAAGUCGGAUGUGAAAAUGGAGCCCCUGAAAGAUGAAAUCAUCCGCCCAGGCUGUAAUAGGACUGCCCAUCCACUGGCACAUAUUAAUAACGACAUGAUGGUCACCGACAACAAUGGUGCAGUCAAGCUUCCACAACUGUGUAAAUUUUGUGAUGUGAGAUUCUCCACCUGUGACAACCAGAAGUCCUGCAUGAGCAACUGCAGUAUCACCGCCAUCUGUGAGAAGCCACAGGAAGUCUGUGUGGCUGUAUGGAGAAAGAAUGACGAGAACAUAACACUAGAGACUGUUUGCCAUGACCCCAGGCUCCCCUACCAUGACUUUAUUCUGGAAGAUGCUGCUUCUCCAAAGUGCAUUAUGAAGGAAAAAAAAAAGCCUGGCGAGACUUUCUUCAUGUGUUCCUGUAGCUCUGAAGAGUGCAAUGACAACAUCAUCUUCUCAGAAGACUAUAACACCAGCAAUCCUGACUUGCUGCUAGUCAUAUUUCAAGUGACAGGCGUCAGCCUCCUGCCACCACUGGCAAUCGCCAUAUCUGUCAUCAUCAUCUUCUACUGCUACCGCGUGAACCGGCAGCAGAAGCUGAGUUCAUCCUGGGAAACCGCCAAGCCACGGAAGCUCAUGGAGUUCAGCAGCGAGCACUGUGCCAUCAUCCUGGAAGAUGACCGCUCUGACAUCAGCUCCACGUGCGCCAACAACAUCAACCACAACACGGAGCUGCUGCCCAUCGAGCUGGACACUCUGGUGGGGAAAGGUCGCUUUGCUGAGGUCUAUAAGGCCAAGCUGAAGCAGAACACUUCAGAGCAGUUUGAGACAGUGGCAGUCAAGAUCUUUCCCUAUGAGGAAUAUGCCUCUUGGAAGACGGAGAAGGACAUCUUCUCAGACGUCAACCUGAAGCAUGAAAACAUACUCCAGUUCCUGACGGCCGAGGAGCGGAAGACGGAGUUGGGGAAACAGUACUGGCUGAUCACCGCCUUCCACGCCAAGGGCAACCUGCAGGAGUACCUGACGCGACAUAUCAUCAGCUGGGAGGACCUGAGCAAGCUGGGGAGCUCCCUCGCCCGGGGCAUUGCUCACCUCCACAGUGAUCACACCCUGUGCGGGAGGCCCAAGGUGCCCAUCGUGCACAGAGACCUCAAGAGCUCCAAUAUCCUCGUGAAGAACGACCUGACCUGCUGCCUGUGUGACUUUGGGCUUUCCCUGCGACUGGACCCUGCUCUGUCUGUGGAUGACCUGGCUAACAGCGGGCAGGUGGGAACUGCAAGAUACAUGGCUCCAGAAGUGCUGGAAUCCAGGAUGAAUUUGGAGAACGUUGAGUCUUUCAAGCAGACCGAUGUCUACUCCAUGGCUCUGGUGCUCUGGGAAAUGACAUCUCGCUGCAAUGCAGUGGGAGAAGUAAAAGAUUAUGAGCCUCCAUUUGGUUCCAAGGUUCGGGAGCACCCCUGUGUCGAAAGCAUGAAGGACAACGUGUUGAGAGAUCGAGGACGACCAGAAAUUCCCAGCUUCUGGCUCAGCCACCAGGGCAUCCAGAUGGUGUGUGAGACGUUGACUGAGUGCUGGGACCACGACCCGGAGGCCCGUCUCACAGCCCAGUGUGUGGCGGAACGCUUCAGUGAGCUGGAGCACCUGGACAGGCUCUCGGGGAGGAGCUGCUCUGAGGAGAAGAUUCCUGAAGACGGCUCCCUAAACACUACCAAAUAGCUCUUCCGGGGCAGGCUGGACCAAGUCCAAAGAGGCUGCCCCUUUCACCAAAGAACAGAGGCAGCAGGAAGCUGCCCCUGAACUGAUGCUUCCUGGAAAACCAAGAGGGUCACUCCCCUCCCUGUGAGCUGUGGGGCUAGGCCAAAACAGCAGCAGCAGGGAGUGGGUGACAUAGAGCAUUCUACGCCUUUGACGUCGUCAUAGGAUAAGCUGUGUUAGCACUUCCUCAGGAAAUGAGAUUGAUUUUUACAAUAGCCAAUAACAUUUGCACUUUAUUAUUGCCUGUAUAUAAAUAUGAAUAGCUAUGUUUUAUAUAUAUAUAUAUCUAUAUAUUUCUAUAUCUAUAUAUAUAUAUAUAUAUAGCCAUACCUUGAAAAGAGACAAGGAAAAAGAUCAGAUAUUCCCAGGAAAUUGGUUUUAUUGGAGAGCUCCAGAACCAAGCUAAGAAGGAAGGGACCCAUGACAGCAUUAGCAUUUGACAAUCACACAUGCGGUGGUUCUUUGUAAAACAGGGAACUUUGCACGGGGAAAGAGGCUCAUGUCUCACAGCCAGCUUUAACCACGUGGCACUUGCUUUUGCAAAAUAAUCAUUCCCUGCCUAGGGGUUCUCUUCUGGCCAUGGAACUAAGUACAGUGGCACUGUUUGGGGACCAGUGUUCCUGGGGUUCCUGUGUGCCUUUGUUUCUCCUGGACUUUUCAGUUAAGCUCCAGGCACCACAUCUGAGGGGCUCCCUUAGAAACUCUCUCUCAGCAUAGUUUAGAAACUCCACCCCAUCUUUUAAUACCUUAAAGGUUGUGAGCCCCACUUUUUACCUUCCCGGGUUGCAGAAAAAUCAGAACAGAUUUCCCCAUCCAUGCAGUUGCCCCACCAUCUACUAAUGAAAAAUAGGUCUUUUUUUCAUAUUCCCCCUAAACUUACAUUACUAGUCUCUGCUCCAGCCUUCAUCCUUUCCUAAAAAGGAGCAAAUCCCCACUCAAGGCUUCAUCUUUUUCAUUACUUUUUUCAUUACGUUUGACUUGAUUCUCUAGUUUUUUAUUGAAACACCAAUCAACAGGUUCCAUCUUUCUGGGCUCCUGAGUGUUCAAGCACAGUGUGGCCGCAUGAAGAGGCCUUGAACUGAGCAAUACUAUCACUGUCAGGACUAAGACCUUGGGAACUCUAAACAUAUGUGUUGUUUGGUCAGCUCAGCGUUUUAAAAAGUGAAGCCGUAUUAUAGAUAUUUGGAGAUUUUGCAGAAAAAUCUGGAUCCCCAGGUGAGGAUGGCAGAUGGUUUUCAGUUCUCUCCAGUCCACGUUCACAAAAUGUGAAGGUGUGGAGAUGCUUACAAAGCUGCCUCACUCCUCACUGUAAACAUUAGCUCUUCCCAGUGCCUACCUGACCCUAGUUCAGGAAUUAAAUCUGCACCUAACCGAGGUCCCUUGUAAAUCUGCACCUAACCGAGGUCCCUUUUAAAUCUGCACCUAACCAAGGUCCCUUAGCAUUUAUUCUCUGGCUAGAUAUGAUUCUGACUACCUUGUCUGGUGUUAAGAUUUGAAGUUGGUCUUUUAUUGGACUAAAGGGGAACUCCUCUAAGGGUCCCAGUUAGCCCAAGUCUCUUUUGCUUCUAUGGUAAUAGUUUUACCCUCUGCAUUGGAGAGAGGAGCCCUUUACUCCAAGAAGCUUUUCUCGUGGUUACUGUUCUCUCUCCAUCACGCCAGCCUUCCCUACCUUUGCAGAAAUCGCUGGAGGACUUGAAUGUGGGACACAUAAGUCCCAUUUUGCAGUUAGGAAAUUUGUGUCCACAAGGACAAGAACAAAGUGUGAGCUUUAAUACUCCAUAGGAAACUUGUUAACCAACAAAGAAGUGUCAAUGCUGCAAGUAAUCUCUUUUUUAAAACUGUUUUUGAAGCUACUUAUUUUCAGCCAAAUAGGAAUAUUAGAGAGGGACUGGCAGUGAGAAAAUCAGCUCUGUUUGGAUGCUGGAAGGUCUCAUUUUAUUGAGAUUUUAGGAUACAUGCAAAAGUUUGGAAUUAGGCGGAACCUCUGGGCACCCUGCUCCGUGUGGGUGGGCUGAGAGUUAAAGCCAGUGUGGCCACAGUCGCAUAGAUGUGCCUAGAAAUUCCACUUGCACCGUUGGGCAUGCUGAUACCAUCCCAAUAGCUGUUGCUCAUUGACCUCUAGUGGUGAGUUUCUAGAAUACUGGCCCAUUCAUGAGACAUUCAAGAUUCAAAAGAGUAUUCUCACUUCUGGGUUAUCAUCAGCAUAAACUGGAAUGUAGUGUCAGACGAUACUGUGGCGUGUUUUAUUUAUGUUUUUUUUCUUAUUCAAGAAAAAAGACCAAGGAAUAACAUUCUGUAGUUCCUAAAAAUACUGACUUUUUUCACUACUAUACAUAAAAAGGAAGUUUUAUUCUUUUAUGGAACACUUCAGCUGUACUCAUGUAUUAAAAUAGGAAUGUGAAUGUUAUAUACUCUUUUUAUAUCAAAAUUCUCAAGCACUUAUUUUCGUUCUAUGCAUUGUUUGUCUUUUAUAUGAAUAAAAUGUUUAUUAGAGCGAAUAAAGCAAAAUACUCAGGUGAGC